AUGUCCGAGGAUCUGUUUAAUAUAUGUGAUCAAUGUUUGGGUGAUUCCAAAAAUGUUAGAAUGAUAAAAGUACCUUCAGGUUUAGAAUGUAAAAUCUGUACUUAUCCCUUCACUGUUUAUAAAUUUAAAACUUCCAAUAGAGCAUCCAAUAUUACCAAGACUUUAAUUUGUAAAAGAUGCUCAGACCAACGUAAUAUCUGUCAAUGUUGUAUGCUAGAUAUGACUUGGCAUAUUCCUGUAAAUUUGAGAGACCAAAUCAUAUCAUUGAUAAAUAAUGGAUCAUCCGGAACAAUAGUAACAAAAGAAGCCAAAAAUGAUAUAAUGAAAAGGUACAUUUCUUUAAAGGAUAUCAAAUUGGGCGGUGCUGAAUUUACUAGUGAUCCUAAAAAGGUUCAAGAGUUACUCGAUAAUCUAAAGGAAGAAUUAACUACAGGAAGCAAUAAAAGUAUUAUACGGGAGAGUACUCAAAAAUCUACUAGUAUCACAGAAAAGAAUUCAAAAUAUGAAUCAGUAAAUAUCACUAAUUUGAUAUCAAAAUUACCAUUAUCAAAUUCCAUAUCCGAAUCAAGUGAGCCAACUAAAUCUUUCUUUAUCUAUAACAUUGAUCCAUCAAUCCCUGAAUGGAAAGUAAGAAAUAGGAUUAGUGAAAUAAUAAAUCUCAAAGAUUGGCAAGAUACAUCUUCGAAUUCAUUAAUUAUUAAUCAUAAAAGCAGAUGUGGUGGUAUUAGGUUUAAAUCAGCAGAUUUGGGUAAUAAGUUUGUUUCAUCCUUACAAGAAACAGGGAAGGUAUUUACGUCAUCAGAAUGUUUAAUAAGAGGUAUAAUAGAUAUAGAUCAGAACCAAAUAUUCGUUAUACCAUGGCAUUCUGGAUUUUCCACAGCAUCAUUUGGUGAUAAUAUUGGAGAGAACGUUAAAUUGAGUUCACGUUUAGAAAAAUUUAUUAGAAAGGAAAGAAUUGGGAAAGAUUCUAUCUUAAUUGAUCAACAGUUGCCAUUAACAACUUCCAAAAGACAACUUAAAUCGAAUAAAGAAAAUAAAAAGAAGAAUAAGAAACCAAAAAGGAUACCCAAUUUACAAUUAUAA